AUGACCUCUACACCCAAAGCCUUCUUUUUCGAUACCUUCGGUACAGUGGUCGAAUGGCGAUCAUGCGUAACAAGCGACCUCCAAAAUGCGGCUCAGAAUGCACUCAACGACUCAAACAGGGACAUCCCGGCCGAUUUGCGAGCCCGCGCAUCUGCCCUGACCGAGUCGGACUGGCUCGAGGUUGUCGAAGAUUGGCGGCGCUCCUACAUCGUAUUCACCAGCACAUUUGAUGCAUCGAAGCCUUUUGUCCCAGUCGACCAACACCACCAUGCAGCGCUGCAGGAUUUACUAAAGCAGCGUGGGGUCCGUGAGCUGUUCAAUGAGAAUGAGCUGUGGGAAUUAACGCUUGCCUGGCACCGACUGAAUCCGUGGCCGGAUAGUGUGAGCGGACUGGAAUUGCUGAACAGCCGGUUUGUUACAUCGACGCUGUCGAAUGGGAACGUCUCGCUGUUGCAGGACUUGAAAGAAUUUGGAUCCCUGCCUUUCCAGCAUCUGAUUAGCUCGGAGAACUUUGGCGCGUAUAAGCCCUCGCCGAAAGUUUAUCUUGGUGCGGCCAAGUUAUUGGACUUAGAGCCGUCGCAGUGUGUUAUGGUUGCGGCGCAUCUUAAGGAUUUGCAGGCUGCGAAGGGCUGUGGGUUUCAGACUGUUUAUGUUGAACGAGAGAAGGAGGAGGGUUGGUCAGUCGACCAAGUGGUGCAGGCCCAGAAGGAUGGCUUUGUAGAUAUCUGGGUGAAGUUGAAUGAUGGGGGUUUUGUUGAGGUCGCUAGGCGGUUCGGUAUUCCGGUAUAG